GUGACUUGUGAGCCUCUCUUAACCCUUGCCGCACUGUAUCAAACCUCUCCAGUCUUCACUCUCACGUGUAACCUCCAGAUUUUCGCUUUAGAUUUCCUACUCGUCAUUUUAUUCACACUUCAAUCUCUCCUUCUCAGUUUUUUCUCUCUCCUCUCCCAUACUAGUCUUUUUUAUUCCAUCUACGUAAAGUUUUUAUCAAUGUCAAUUUCUUAAGCAACAAAAUUACUUUGCGUAUAUAUAACUCACUCAUUCUCAAAAUUAUUAAUAAUAGAUCCCACAAAAAAAACCUUGCAAUAUUUCCUUCACCAUUUUGUUGAUUUUCUCUCACCGACUUUUCGAUCUCAUCGAAUUUUCGAUCAGAAUCACCGGAAAAUUAUAUUUCUCAGUGAAGUGAAUCUGAAUCUUGCGAGGGGUAAUUUCGUCCAAAUCUUACAAAAAUGCGAGGUCGUCAAGCAGUAGGAGAUGCUGCUGUGUCUACUUAUAAACGAGUUGCAUCCAAAGAUCGUUUAGAUCGUUUAGAUGGUCGUCUCCAAGGUUUGGCAAAAGAAGGUGGAAAUCCUCCAUGGCGGAAGUCAUUACCUCAUAUCCUUGUUGCUACAAUUGCAUCCUUUCUGUUUGGAUAUCACCUUGGAGUAGUGAAUGAUACACUAGAAAGUAUUUCUUUUGAUCUUGGCUUCAGUGGCAAUACCAUGGCUGAAGGCUUGGUUGUUAGUAUGUCUUUGGGAGGCGCGUUUGUCGGCUCUCUAUUCAGUGGGUCGAUUGCUGAUUAUUUUGGUCGAAGGAGGUCCUUCCAGCUGUGCUCAUUGCCUAUGAUUAUUGGUGCCUCAAUGAGUGCAACAACAAGUAGCUUGAUGGGCAUGCUUACUGGAAGAUUUCUUGUUGGAAUUGGCAUGGGACUUGGCCCAGCUGUUGCAGCUCUAUAUGUGGCUGAGGUUGCACCAACAUAUGUUAGGGGUACAUUUGGAAGUUUCACUCAAAUUGCGACAUGCCUGGGACUUAUGGCUUCCUUUUUAAUCGGCGUUCCUGCAAAAGAAACUAAAGAUUGGUGGCGUGUUUGUUUCUGGGUACCUGUGGUUCCUGCUGCAUUACUUGCUAUCUCAAUGGAACUUUGUGCAGAGAGUCCUCACUGGCUCUUCAAGAAAGGUAGAACUGUUGAAGCUGAAGCUGAGUUUGAGAGGGUACUGGGAGGGUUACAUGUCAAGAGUGCAAUAGCUGAGUUGUCAAAGUCGGAUAGAGUGGACGAGGCUGAUACAGUCAAAUUCUUGGAGCUAUUUUAUGGUCGACAUUAUAAGGUGGUUUUCAUUGGGUCUGUCCUAUUUGCUUUACAGCAGCUCUCUGGCAUAAAUGCCGUGUUCUAUUUCUCAUCUUCUGUCUUUAAAAGUGCUGGAGUUCCACCAGAUACUGCAAACAUGUUUGUGGCAAUCAUUAAUUUAUCAGGAUCAUGCACUGCAACGAUACUAAUGGAUAAACUAGGAAGGAAGGUGCUUCUUCUGGGCAGCUUUUUGGGCAUGGCCGUGGCAUUGGUUCUUCAAAUAAUCGCAGCAUGCUCCUUUGUAUCACCUGCGACAUCAGUAUACCUGUCUGUUGGAGGUGUGCUGCUGGUUGUUCUGACUUUUUCUCUUGGAGCUGGUCCUGUCCCGAGUCUUCUCUUGUCAGAAAUGUUUCCUAAUCGGAUAAGGGCGAAAGCCAUGGCUUGGUGUAUGGCUGUUCACUGGGGGGUAAAUUUCUUUGUCGGUCUUUUAUUUUUGCGGUUACUUGAGCAACUCGGGCCAAAGCUCUUGUACACGUUCUUUGCAACCUGCUGUUUGAUAGGAUUUGCGUUUGUGAAGAAAAAUGUAUUGGAAACGAAGGGAAAAUCACUUCAGGAAAUUGAGCUUGCACUUCUUCCAGCUUGAUGAAGCUUUGACUUCUGGUUUUCUUGCCACAGAAAAUGCUGCUAACAAAUCUGACAUGAGCGUUGCACAAGAUGUCGACUGUGCAGCUUAUUCAUCAUUCUUGGUUCAUUGAAGCACCAUUUUUGUCACAUAUAGCACAGUCCCUACAGUGUGCUGUGUCAAGUGUUCGGCAUUUGUGACCAGCGGUGCUCAUGAAAAUCUAGUCUGGUAUAUAUCAUAAGAUCCCUGCCGCCCUCACGAGUAGUGGUAUAUUGUUAGAUCAAAAUUACGUUUAUUAGUGUUCUGGAAGAGGGAACUAGGUUGUCAAUGCUAUUCUGUUCAACUUUCCCUUCCCACUUGUUAUACUGGUUAUUAUCGAGUAUGUUUCUAGGGUAAAAGAAAGUUUAUCUUAUUGAACGCAGUGCAUUCGAAACAUUCUGCAUUCGAAGCUGGGAGUUGUAAGUCAUGAGGCACAUAUUUAUAUAUUGAGGGUAUAAAUAGUACGAUUACGAUUCUGGAA